UAUGUAUUUGUUCAAACAUCUACACAAAACUCAAUUUUCUCUUACAAUUCUUCCAAUUUAUUUUUUUCUACCAUUUCUUUCCAUUUCCAAAUUGUUAAACAUGGCAAGAGAGCAUAUUAGAGGUCGUACUUGGACCUGUGAGGAAGAUAUUGCUCUAUACUUGGCAUGGGUUUCUGUUAGCGAAGAUGGUGCAGUUGACACAAAUCAAAAUAAGAAGGUUUUGUGGGAUAAAAUCAUUGCAAAGUUUCAAGAAAACUGCAACAGCGGCGGGCGGGAUGGUGGUGGUGUUUAUGAUCGGUGGAAGACUAUCAACAAAGCAUGCACUUUAUGGAAGGGAAGCUUGGAAAGAGCUGUGGUUGGCAUGGCUAGUAAAAGGAGGGCCACAGAAAUUGGUGACAAAGCAAUGAAAAUUUACAAGACAAGAGUAACACCAAAAAAUCAAGUUUUUAAGUUGCAACAUGCUUGGGACGUCCUUAAGGAUUGUCCAAGGUGGGAAACCGAUGCGGACCAACAAUAGAGAAGAUUAUUUCAAUGUGAAGCUACACAGACAAAUGCCGAAAAUGAAGAUGUCAAUGAAAUGACCCCAUCUCCUUCUUUUGCAAGGCCCCCGAGAAGAGAUAAGCAAAAUGAAGCAAAGAAAAAAGGGAAGUCCCAAGAUCCAAUGAGUGGACACUUUGAUACCGGAAUUACAAAAUUGAACGAAACUCAUAGCGCUCGCCUAGAAGAAUCAGUCCGAAUGUGUUUGCAAAUGAAGGAAAUCUCGGAUAGGGAGGAAAAUAGGUUUGAAAUUGAAUUCAUGAUGAAGGACCUCAGCAAAUACAUUCUAGAAAGGAAGAAGUUCUUACAUGGUAAGAAAAAGGAAAUUAUGCGAAAGUCUGCCUCAAGGAGUAUGUUUCAAGAUGAUGAAUCCUCUGAACCUUAUAUCCCAACAUUUAAUGAAGUCCAUCACCAAGUGAAGAUGGUGGAUAUGAUUGUUAAAUUUAUGUAGUGUAUGAAUUAUAUGCUUUAUUAAUUAAGUUUAUGUAGUUUAUUAAUUAUG